ACUUUCAUUCUUCUGUUAUUGUUGUGAACCAGCAUGUGUCGACUUUGUAUGUGAAAUAGUAUUUGACAACUACCCGUAAUCGUUAUGUAGGUGACGCUAAACCUUUAAUUCACCGCAAUUAUUUUGAAAUAUAACUAACAUAUUUCAAUGCCUACAUGUUGUUAGCUACCUUAGCAUAUGUGUAGCCCUGGUAGGAUAGCUACAACACCGCUAUACUGUCUAACUGGAUCUAUAACGCAAGGGCCGACUAAGCUUCACUCAUGAUGAACUUUGACGGUCUUGACCAAGGGAUGGGCGACUACUCGCCCACCCUCCAUGGGUCCUUGGACACCGGGAUGGAGCCUUCGAUGGACCCCCGGAUCACUCAGAAUAUGAUGCAAGGCGUGGAGAUGGACUCAGAGGGACUGGCGGUUGAAGUGCCCGAGUCUGUGCAUCUUUUAGAGGGCAUGUUCUCUGAGUUGCACAGUGUUGCAGCAGAAGUUGGCAUCCCAGUUACUGCAACUCAUUUUGAUCUACAAGAGGAGUUGCUCUGGAUGGGAAAUCACAGAGGUCAUGCCAGUUCCUUUUUCGGGCCUACGAUGGGCCGAUAUUCGUCUUUCCAAGUGCACUCAGCUGAUGACAUCCGCCAGAUCCAUAGCUUAGAAACGGGUGUGCUCUUCCUGUCAAAGACCAAUCUCAAAUGUUGUACCCGUGGCGGCUUUGUCAUGUUUGAUUACCCGAUGGAUGAAGGAGCAGAUAUGCACAGCCUCCUUAUGACGGACACCAACACUCUGAUCAUGGGUGGGCUGCACAACUAUAUAGUAGAGUUUGACUUGAAUACUGUUCAAGAGACUCAGAAGGUUACAGUGGAGAUGCCUGGAGUGGCAAUCAUGCGGCAGUCCAGUCGCUUUUUCUUCUGUGGUCACACAUCCGGGAAGGUGACCCUGCGAGACAUGCGCACCUUCAAGACGGAGCACGAGUUCGACGCCUUCUCGGGCAGCCUGUCCGACUUCGACGUCCACGGGAACCUGCUGGCGGCCUGUGGCUUCUCCAGCCGGGGGAUGAAUGGGCUGGCGUGCGACCGCUUCCUCAUGGUGUACGACCUCCGCAUGAUGCGGGCCGUCACCCCGCUGCAGGUCCACGUGGACCCGCUGUUCCUGCGCUUCAUCCCCACCUACACCUCCCGGCUGGCCAUCAUCUCACAGUCAGGCCAGUGUCAGUUCUGUGAGCCCACGGGGCUCGCCAACGUGGCAGACGUCUUCCACGUGAACACGGGGGGCCAACUGCUCAUGAGCUUCGACGUGUCGUCCAGCAAGCAGGCCCUGGCCUUCGGGGACUCUGGGGGGGGCGUGCACCUGUGGUCGGAUGCGCCCGAGGUGUCCUACAACGACUACUCCCGCGAGACAGAGUUUGCCCAUCCCUGCCUCGUGGACUCGUUGCACCAGCUGGACUGGAACCAUGAACUGCUGCCCCUGUCCCUCAUCCCCACGCCCCUGACCAGCGCGGAGCAGCUGCUGUCCGACUGGCCCACCCCCAUGGUCACCCCCAGGCCCAGGCGAUCGCCUGCUGUCGACCCAGAGAUCCUACGAACGAUGAAAACUGUCGGUUUCAUUGGCUAUGCCGCCAAUCAACGCACCCGUCCUCGCAAUCAGGUACCGUACAAGAUUAAAGAAGUGGAGCUGGACUACGAUAACUACAAUCAGGUGCCCGAAUCACCCAUCGGCCGAGAGGAAGAAACACACCUUUACAUGGUGCCCAAAAAGUACAGAAAGGUGACCAUCAAAUACUCUAAACUCGGACUGGAGGACUUUGACUUCAAGCACUACAACAGAACCCUGUUUGCAGGCCUGGAGCCGCACAUUCCCAAUGCAUACUGUAACUGCAUGAUACAGGUGCUGUACUUCCUGGAGCCCAUCCGCUGCCUGGUGCAGAACCACCUCUGCCAGAAGGAGUUCUGCCUGGCCUGUGAGCUCGGCUUCCUCUUCCACAUGCUGGACCUGUCCCGCGGUGACCCGUGUCAGGCCAGCAACUUCCUGCGGGCCUUCCGCACCAUCCCCGAGGCCUCGGCGCUGGGGCUGAUCCUGGCCGACUCGGACGAGCAGACGGGCAAGGCCCGGCUGGGCCGCCUCAUCCAGAGCUGGAACCGCUUCAUCCUCACGCAGCUGCACCAGGAGACCCAGGAGCAGGAGGGCCCGCAGGCCUACCGCGGAGCCAGCAGCAGUGCUGCAGGCUCGUCGGGGGAGUCUGUGAUCGGCCGGCUGUUUGGCUGCGAGGUGGAGAACAGCAGCCUGUGUCGCUGUGGCAAGGAGACGGUGCGCACCUCCCUCACGCUGCUCUUCACCAUGCACUACCCCGAGCACAACCCCCACGAAAAAGCGGUGAAAGAGCAUGACUUUGUGGAGAUCCUGAAGAAGAGCAUCUGUCUGGAGCAGAGCACGCAGGCCUGGUGUGAGAACUGUGAGAAGUACCAGCCAACGGUGCAGACACGCAACAUCCGGUGUCUCCCCGACGUCCUGGUCAUCAACUGUGAGGUGAACAGCGCCAAGGAGGCCGAGUUCUGGAGGGUGCAGGCCGAGUAUGCCUUCAACAAAGCCAAGCAGAAGGAGGCCGCAGAGCCCCCGAAGCCCAAGGAGCCGGAGCCGCUGCCUACAGAGUGGUGCCACGACGGGGAGGACAUGCGCGGCAGCGAGGGCAUCACCUUCAACACGCGGGCGGAGGACCUGCGCCACGUGUGGAUCCCCCUCACCAUGAAGAUGACCAUCAGCAAGACCCAGAGCCUGGAGGUCGUCAACUGGCCCGAGGCCGAGGAGCUGAGCACCGCAGAGGAGGAGGACGGGGCCUGCCUCUUCGACCUGGUGGUCACCGUGCCCCACCUGCUGGACGCCCGCACGGGGGGCAACCUGGUGGCUCACAUCAAGGUGGGGGAGACCUACCACGUGAGGAAAGAGGGGGUGACACACCAGCAGUGGUACCUGUUCAACGAUUUCCUCAUCGAGCCCGUGGACAAGACGGAAGCAGCCCAGUUUGAUGUGAAUUGGAAGGUGCCGGCCAUUUUGUACUACGCCAAGAGGAACUACCACUCCAAAUACGACCUCCGCAUUAAGAACCCCAUCGAGGCCAGCGUCCUGCUGACCGAGGCCUCGCUGGCCCGCAAGCAGAGGAAGAGCCACGCCACCUUCAUCCCCCUCAUGGUCAGCGAGAUGCCCCAGGCCGGGGACCUGGUGGGGCUGGACGCUGAGUUCGUCACGCUCAACCAGGAAGAGGCGGAGCUUCGCAGCGACGGCACCAAGUCCACCAUCAAGCCCAGCCAGAUGUCUGUGGCUAGGAUCACUUGUGUGCGCGGUCAGGGCACCAACGAGGGGGUGCCCUUCAUCGAUGACUACAUCUCCACCCAGGAGCAGGUGGUGGACUACCUGACCCAGUACUCGGGCAUCAAACCAGGAGAUUUGGAUGCCAAGAUCUCCUCCAAACACCUGACUACCCUGAAGUCCACGUACCUGAAGCUGCGGUUCCUCAUCGACACCGGCGUGCGCUUCGUGGGCCACGGGCUGCAGAAGGACUUCCGCGUCAUCAACCUACUGGUUCUGAAGGACCAGGUGGUGGACACUGUGUACCUGUUCCACAUGCCCCGCAAGAGGAUGAUCUCUCUCCGCUUCCUGGCCUGGUACUUCCUGGACCUCAACAUCCAGGGGGAGACCCACGACAGCAUAGAGGACGCCCGCACCGCCCUGCAGCUCUACAGGAAGUACCUGGAGCUGAGCCGCGGCGGCGGGACGGACGAAGUGAGGAAGGCGCUGAAGGGGCUCUACGAGAAGGGCCGCAAGAUGGACUGGAAGGUGCCGGAGGCGGACGCCGGCGACGGUCACGGUAGCCCCAAAAGCGGUGGUGUGUUCCCGUCUGUGAUGUCGCUGUGAGGAGCUGACGCCUUCCGCUCCAAGAGGGUUAGCAGACCAAUGUAAAUACGUUCUCCUGUACGUUGUACACUUUUUUUCUGGUGCUCGUACCGUACAGGUGAAACUAUUUGACAUAUCAAGGAAUGAGAACAUCUCGGUUCCCUCAGUUGGGACUUUUUUGCGUCUAAUUCUUUAUUGAACGUGAGCAAAGUGGAUAAAAUACCAAUGUUUUUUUUGUAUGUAAAUAAAGUUGAUUUGAUGACCUUGAAA